UCUCACAUGACUUUUCUCUUGUGACUCACAUUCCUUCUCUUAAACGACAUUUAAUAGUUGCAUGUACUGUGCGAUCAUGUUUAUUUCAGUUAAUAAUGAACAUUUUACUGAUGUUUGGCUAAUCCUGAGAUUGGGUAGCGUAAAAUAAUAGUUAAUAGAGGCAGGCGAUUCACAACGUAGUUCAGGAACUCGAUUGAAGUUGAAUGACACAAGUGCAGUUUGUCUGCAAGACACCUACGAUCACCAAUGGCUGAGACAGCUGCAUUGACGGAUUCAAGACGGUGAGAAUAAUAUGAUUAUGCCUUUCCUUCUUCCUCUAUGAUAGUUCAAAGGUGCAAGAGGAGGGGGACCUGACCAGAAAUGGGAUAUGCUACUUUUAUCCUGAGGAUGUAAGAGAUCAAGGCCCCUUGAGAAAUCAAGGCAAUUAGACAAGUGUAGAGAAACAACAGUACACACCGCAUCAGCAUAGGAUGCUGUUUUAGAAAUAAACCUUCAUAACAACUUCCAAUGGCUAUUUUCUAUUUUCAUUAGACUUUGAAUGCAUGAUAGUGUGUGCGCUGCUCUUACAGACGCCAAUGGACCAACAGGAGCUCCUUUGUGGGCAGCUGGCCGGUGUGUGUCGGUGUGUGUCUGAAAUGUCCUCAUCACCCGUACGUCUGCUUCGUCUGCGCAAAAGCAAAUAUGCGGUUCGCAUGAAGGAUCAAUUUAUUUGGGCUUUAAGCUGUGUGGUAGAUAUUCCAGAUGUGAGUAUAUGUGACUUCCUUGAUCAGCUGAUUGACCUCUUCUGUUUCUAUAACGGACCAGUGCGGCGUAGCUACCAGUUGUACAGUGAGGAGGAGUUGGCACUACAAUGGGCCAGAUACCUCUCUCACCUGCAGGGCGGCUCCACUGAGCUGCACAACAUCUUCAGCUGCCUGAGGACAAUUGACUCCACACAUAUCGAUCCACUGCUGUUGCUGAAGGCUGCCCUCAUUCUACAAGCAUGUCAGCGAUGUCCUCUUGUGUUAGCAGGCUGUAUUCUGUACAGGGGCAGGGUGGUGAGCACUCAGAUGCCUCCUGGUCUGACAGUGAAGGUGAUGGUAUAUGAGACAGAAACAUACAGCCAGGAUUACAGGGUGAUGGCCAAUGGCCUGAGCUCAUCUGUGGGCACACCACCGCCCUUCACAGUAACCACACAGGUGUUCCUAACACCCACUGAACUGCAGAUGCUGCGCUGCUCCCCAGUGGAUAGAGCAUGCAGGUCUCACUGCACUCAACCUCCAUGUCGUCCCAGGGGCAAGUCCCGCCUCCUGUCACGCACUUUAUCUGACACCCCAAUCAUAGAGACUGACUCUUCCAACUUAGACCCCACCCAGUGUCCUCCACCCUCCUAUCAGACGAUGCCAUCCUCUGCACGCUCCUCCCUCUCUGAUGAGCUUGUUUUGAGCUCCUCUCCCACAUUGGUUUACACCCCCCUUCACUCUAGUCUUAUGAACCAAUCAGAGUAUUUCACACCUGAGUCACAUGACCACAGCAUGCCUAAUGGAACAAACUUGGGUAAGGUAAAAGAACAGAGUUUGACAGGAAGUCUGACAGGCCUGAACAUUGAGGAAGCAUGCCAGGAUGUUGAUGAAAAGUUGGAGUCAGGGAGUAUCAACUCUGAGUCAAAAUCUAAAAGUGAAGGUUUAAGUUCAGACCAGGAAAGUGGAGCACUAACCAAUGGGUAUCAAUCAGAUGACUCUUACCAUGACAACCAGAUUGACAGGACUGAAGGAAAGAGGCUGGACACUAACAAUUAUGUGGCCAAUAAAAAUGACGCAUUCCAAGGAGAGACAGAGGAAGAGGCAAGACGAAUGAGUGAGCAAGUAGUAGGAGAAGAACAAAGGUUGAAGCAGAAUGCAAAGAGCAAAUAUGACCCUCCAAAUGUCUCCCCACCCCAUGAGACCCUAGCAGGUGCCUCUCUAGUACCGACAAUACUGUACCAGCACAGAGUCAGAGGCCUGGUACUAGCCCUGCUGGUAGAGCCAGAAUUCAACACCGACCCCACCGCCAGAGAGGAAGUGUAUCACAGCAGCUUGGCAUCUCUGAAUGGGCUUGAGGCUCACUUGAGGAAUAUCUCUCCUGGGACCCCCAGCCCACCAGGGCCGUACACUUUUGCCCACUAUGACUGCAUUCAGAACACUCUCACUACUAAUGUAUGUGGUCACUCGGCUGGGCCUCAGGAUCGCUCCUUUGUGAGGGCCACUGCGCUGCUCCAUUCCCAUUUCUCACACACAGACACUCUACAUGAAGCUAUUGUCAGGAAUGCUGGCUCGGCAGUAUAUGGAACCCGUACUACGGCCCAGGAGACGUAUUUUCUCCAGCAGGGAACACCUGUCAGAAACUCUGGGAGUCCUGAUGCUCAGGACAGUGCCUUCUCCUUACCCAGAAAAGCCCGUCAGCGACUCCUUAAACAUGGAGUUAACCUGCUUUAACUGGGUCCAGUUUAAAUCUCAGUCCAUUGAAUCUCCUUUUAAGUUCCUUUUAUAAUUUCAUAGACUUACACUGUUUUUAUCUUGCUCAUACCACUAAUAGAGUAAUACUGUUUCUUUGUGGAACUAUGUUUCACAUUUCACAAUUCAUUCAUUUCAUCAUAAACAGUAAAGGGUCAAAUGCACUGUCACCAUAAAUGGUUUUAGCACUAAAAUACAGAAAUGUGUCUCUAAUUUGAUGCUGUGGUUCUGCUGUAAGCGCUUGCUAUUUAAUCAGUGAUUAUUUUAACACACAUAGAGAAAAGGAGCCUGAUUUUAAAAGUGAUGCAAACCAUUCAGUAUUAUAGAUAGAUGUGUAGACAUAGUAAUUAUUUAACCUUUUUUUUUUUGUUUGUUUUUUUAAAUGGAGCAGAAUUGUUAUUGAAUAUGAAUAAACAUCCUUUGGUAAACCAGUUUGAGACUCUGUAGAGAUGGUUGAGAUGCAUUGAGUAAUGGUCAACCGAUGGAGGAUUUUGCUGAUAAUGAUAACCUAGGCUGAUAUCCCGUUAUUCGGCUGAUUUAAAAAAAUAAAGCUUAGUCUUUCCUUACUAAGAUGGGCAAAGACAGAGGUUAGAAGAGUCCAGAAUGAAUAAAAUCACUGAUGCUGUUUAUUGUGCUACCACAAUUCCAAUUAUAACC